UCCAAAGAAAUUAGUCCUUUUCCUUGGUGAAAAGAAACCAGUCUGCCGUUUUCAUAGGGUAUUUCUCACUCCUCUGGAAGGAAGAAAGAGCACGCCUGAGCCCGGAGCACUCCAGCGCCUUGUGGGAAGUCUCCACGGUGAAGGAUAAGCCAGGGCUACCUGUGACCAGCGCACGCUGAAUGUUAUUCCAGAGCUGCUGCCGGCCGAUCGCACCCACGGGGAGAUGAUUCCUCAUGAAGAGCCUAGACCCUCCACAGAAAUCCAAUGUGACUUUCCAUGUAUCAGACUAAAACCAGAGCCAGCCAGCCAGUGAAGCAGUCACCGUGGAGGGGGGACGGCGAAAAAUGAAAUCCAACCAAGAGCGGAGCAACGAAUGCCUGCCUCCCAAGAAGCGAGAGAUCCCCGCCACCAGCCGGCCGUCGGAGGAGAAGGCGCCCGGCGACGGGCCCCGCGCGGAGGCCGCCGCAUGGCUGGCGGGCGGCGCGGGGGGCCGCGGCCCGGGGGGCGGCAGGCUCGGCCCCGCCGCCGCCGCGCCGCCCGAGCUCGGUUUACCGCAGGGAAUAGGUUUACACAAAGCGCUGCCCGCGGGGCUGGACUACUCCCCGCCCAGCGCGCCCCGGUCGGCGCCGGCCACCACCACGCUGCCCGCCGCCUACCCGCCGCCGCCGCCGCCGUCGGGGGCGCCCGUGUCCCCGGGCCAGUACGCCCACCUGCCGCACACGUUCCAGUUCAUCGGGGCCUCGCAGUACAGCGGGCCCUACGCCGGCUUCAUCCCCUCGCAGCUCAUCUCCCCGACGGCCAGCCCCGUCCCCAGCGCCGCGGCCUCGGCCGCGGGGGCCGCCGCGCCGUCCCCGCGCGCGCAGCUGGACGCCUACUCCACGCUGCUGGCCAACAUGGGCGGCCUGAGCCACGCCUCGGGGCACAAGGCUGAGCCGCCGCCGCCGCCGCCGCCGCCGCCGCCGCCGCCGCCGCCGCACCUGGGCAGGACCCCCGGGCUCGGCCCCGCCGCGUCGCCCCCGCCCGCGCCGCAGAGCCAGUACGUGCGCAUCGCCGGCUCCCCGCAGGGCGCCGGGCGCGCGCCGACCCCCCCGGCCCUCCCCGUGCACCUGCACCCGCACGCGGCGAUGCUCCCGCACACGCUCGCGCUGGCGCCCUCCCCGCAGGUCGUCGUGCACUACACCGACGCCGGCGGCCACUUCGUGCCGCGGGAGGCCGCCAAGAAGGCGGACAGGCUGCCGCAGGCCGCGCAGGCCAAGGAGCUCCUCAACGGCGAGAUGGAGAAGGGCCGCAGGUUCGGGGCGCCCGCCGACCUGGGCCUGGCCAAGGCCGCCAAGCCGCUGCCCCACCCCUACGAGCCGCGGCACGUGGUGGUGCACCCGGGCGCCGCCGACUACGGCGGCCGGGACGCCUCGGGGGUCCGGGCCUCCGUGAUGGUCCUGCCCACCAGCACCCCGCCCGCCGCCGCCGCCGCCGCCGCCGCCGCCGACCUGGAGGCGCAGCAGGCCGCGCACCGGGAGGCCUCGCCCUCCGCCCUCAAUGACAAGAGCGGCCUGCACCUGGGGAAGCCGGGACCCCGCGCCUACGCGCUGUCGCCGCAGCAGGCUCUGGGCCCCGAGGGCGUCAAGGCCGCCGCCGUCGCCACGCUGUCCCCCCACACGGUCAUCCAGACCACGCACAGCGCCUCGGAGCCCCUCCCGGUCGGACUGCCCGCCACCGCCUUCUACGCGGGGACGCAGGCGCCGGUCAUCGGCUACCUGAGCGGCCAGCAGCAGGCCAUCACCUACGCCGGCAGCCUGCCCCAGCACCUGGUGAUCCCCGGCGCGCAGCCCCUGCUCAUCCCGGUGGGCAGCGCGGACGUGGAGGGCUCGGCGGCCGCCCCCGCCAUCGCCACGUCGGCGCCGCAGUUCGCCGCGGUGCCCCACACGUUCGUCACCACCGCCCUCCCCAAGAACGAGAACUUCAGCCCCGAGGCGCUGGGCACGCAGGCCGCCUACCCUGCCAUGGUGCAGGCGCAGAUCCACCUGCCCGUGGUGCAGUCGGUGGCCUCCCCCGCCGCCGCGCCCUCCGCGCUGCCCCCCUACUUCAUGAAAGGCUCCAUCAUCCAGCUGGCCAACGGGGAGCUGAAGAAGGUGGAGGACCUGAAGACCGAAGACUUCAUCCAGAGUGCGGAGAUCAGCAGCGACCUCAAGAUCGACUCGAGCACCGUGGAGAGGAUCGAGGACAGCCCCCACCCGGGCGUGGCCGUCAUUCAGUUCGCCGUCGGGGAGCACCGGGCACAGGUCAGCGUGGAGGUGUUGGUAGAGUACCCUUUUUUUGUGUUUGGACAGGGCUGGUCAUCCUGCUGUCCAGAGAGAACCAGCCAGCUCUUUGAUCUGCCGUGUUCCAAACUCUCGGUUGGGGAUGUCUGCAUCUCGCUGACCCUCAAGAACCUGAAGAACGGCUCUGUUAAAAAGGGCCCGCCCGUGGAUCCGGCCAGCGUCCUGCUGAAGCGUUCAAAGACCGACGGCCUCGCGGCCAGCAGACACAGGUACGCCGAGCAGGAGAAUGGCAUCAACCAGGGAAGUGCCCCGAUGCUGUCCGAGAACGGCGAACUCAAGUUUCCAGACAAAGUUGCAUUGCCUGCAGCGCCCUUGCUCACCAAAAUAGAACCCAGCAAGCCGGCGGCCACGAGGAAGAGGAGGUGGUCGGCACCCGAGACCCGCAAGCUGGAGAAGUCGGAAGACGAGCCACCUUUGACUCUUCCCAAACCUUCUCUAAUCCCUCAGGAGGUUAAGAUUUGCAUCGAAGGCCGGUCUAACGUAGGCAAGUAGAGGCAGCGUGGGGAAAGGAAAUUCGGCUCUCCCUUCUCAUUUGUAUCCAGAUUACUGUACUGUAGGCUAAAUAACACAGUAUUUACAUGUUACCCUCCUUAGGUUUCUGUUAUAACCUUGUCAUUAGAGUUACAGCUGGUGUUGCAGCAGGAGACCGGGGCAUAUGCUUUUCCAGGAGUGAC